GGCGGCGCUGCAGAGAUGCGGCGGGUCCGGCGGUCGCGGGUGUCCCGAGCGGGAGGGCCUCUGGCUUUGGCGGCGGCGGCCCUGCUGGUGGCGGCGACGGGGGCGCUGGGCUGGCUGUUGCUGUGGCAACGCGGCCUGCCGGACUCGGAGCUGGGCGAGGCCGGCGGAGUCGCGCUCCCCUCGCAGCAGCCUGCCGAGCUCGCCCGGCGGCUCCUGCGCAGGCCCGUGUACGACAAGCCUCCGCUGGGCAGGGAAGCGGAGCUGGGCGAGCUGGGCCGGCCCGUGCGCCUGGAGCUGAGCGCCGCCGAGCAGCGGCUCCAGGAGGAGAGCAUCCGGAGACACCAGAUCAACAUCUACCUCAGCGACCGCAUCUCGCUGCACCGCCGCCUGCCGGAGCGCCGCCACCCCCAAUGCAGAGAAAAGAAGUAUGAUUAUUAUAACCUUCCAAAGACUUCUGUUAUAAUAGCUUUUUAUAAUGAGGCUUGGUCAACGCUUCUCAGAACAGUUCAUAGUGUUCUUGAGACUUCUCCUGACAUCCUUCUGGAAGAAGUUAUCCUUGUAGACGAUUACAGUGAUAAAGAGCACUUAAAGGAGGCUUUGGAAAACUAUGUGGCUAACUUGCGCAAGGUACGGCUUAUCCGGGCAAACAAGAGAGAAGGAUUGGUUCGAGCAAGACUGCUGGGAGCUUCUAUAGCAAAAGGGGAUGUGCUAACCUUUCUUGAUUGCCACUGUGAGUGCCAUGAAGAAUGGCUUGAACCAUUAUUAGAAAGAAUUAAAGAAGAGCCAUCAGCUGUUGUCUGCCCUGUGAUCGAUGUGAUUGACUGGAACACUUUUGAAUAUUUGGGAAAUCCUGGGGAACCACAGAUUGGUGGGUUUGACUGGAGACUGGUCUUCACCUGGCAUGUAGUACCCGAGAGGGAACAAAAACAGAGGAGAUCCGAGGUUGAUGUCAUCAGGUCUCCUACUAUGGCUGGUGGGCUCUUUGCAGUCAGUAAGCAUUAUUUUAGCUACCUCGGCUCUUAUGACACAGGAAUGGAAGUCUGGGGAGGAGAAAACCUUGAAUUUUCAUUCCGGAUCUGGCAGUGUGGAGGAAGUCUUGAGAUCCAUCCUUGUUCUCACGUGGGACAUGUUUUCCCAAAGCAAGCUCCCUACUCAAGGGCAAAGGCUUUGGCUAACUCUGUCCGUGCUGCAGAAGUGUGGAUGGAUGCAUACAAAGAGCUUUAUUACCACAGAAAUCCACUUGCGCGCAAGGAGCCUUAUGGAGAUGUGACAGAAAGAAGAUUUCUUCGAGAGAAAUUGAAAUGCAAGGAUUUCAAGUGGUACUUGGAUAAUAUUUACCCAGAACUCCAUGUGCCAGAGGACAGGCCUGGCUUUUUUGGGAUGCUGAAGAACAGAGGGAUGGCAAAUUAUUGUUUUGAUUAUAAUCCUCUUGAUGACCAUGAUAUAACAGGACGUGUAGUCAUAUUAUAUCCUUGUCAUGGCAUGGGACAAAAUCAGUUUUUUGAAUACACCUCCCACAAUGAAAUACGUUACAACACACGGCAACCUGAAGUCUGUGCAGCGGUUGAUCCGGGAUCUGAUUAUUUGAAAAUGUAUUUGUGCCAAGAAGGUAUCCAGAACAUUCCUGAAAAUCAGAAAAUUUUCUUCAGAGAGGAUGGAACGUUACUCCAUGUGCAGACCCAGAAGUGCAUACAAGCAGAAUCUAAUGCUUAUGAUGGCAAUUCAGCACCUUUAUUACGGCCGUGUUCCAAUUCAGAAUACCAGAAGUGGUUUUUCGAAGAAAGGAGCUGAUGUGGAACUCCACUAUUUUGUGCAAGAAAAUAAUUGAAAUGGAAGAAAGAAAACCUUUAUUUUUUUUAUGCAGAAGGGCUGCACUUUUCCUUUUCUACUUUCCUAGAAUACUAGCAGGCAUUGUAAUGUAUAUAUUAAAUUGGUACAGAUUUUCCCACAAAAGAAAUCCGUACCUUACUUGGCAGCUAUAUGACUUCUCCAAAAGUGUCCUAAUCCCCGCCCCCUGCCCCUGCCAAAAGGCCAUGUAUUUAUAUAAACCUGUUAGGUAUGGUAAUGAAAUGCAAACGAUUGCACUAACAUUUGACAACAUAAAUAUUUAUUUUUUUAGCAAGAUUUUCUGCAGUUGUGCCUCUCUAAGAGAUAUUAAAAUGGGCCAAAUUUUGCUGUGAAAUGUGUGAUUACAGAUUUCAAGUAGAUUUAUUUUCUGUGUAUACCUGACAUCUUAGUAUAGCAAACAUGGUGGCCUUCAGUUGAUGUUGGAUCUAGCUCCCAUCAGCCUCAGCCUGAAUGGCCUAUAGUCAUGGAUGAUGGGUGUUGUAGUCCAACAGUCUCUGGAGGCUACUCUGUUGGCUAUCCCUGCUUUAGGGCUAGUACAUUUGCUCAAACACUGGAGAACCAUACAGAUAGUACAUACUGGAAAUUCGACCAUAGGCAAUCAUAAUAUGAAAUAUCAAACAAUCAUGCUGUGUCAUGGCAUACUAGGUUAAAAUUACUAAUUGUUUAGUGAUUGAAAUUAGCCUUUUAAAAUAAAGCACCCAUCGUAAGCUUUAUUUCGGCAAAAAAAUGGUGAACUAGAUGUACUGGGGGCCUAUUUCUGGCAUACAGAAAAAUUAGUGAAGGGGAAAAGAAUUUGCAGGAGCAGAUUUACUAAGGGGUAAACUAUGUGUUGCACUGCAGCCAUGUGUCACAAAGCGCUGGCAGCCCCAUCUAUGUGGCAAAACACAUUCAGGUAGGGGCAGUUUGCAUCAGUUGAGGAAAGGCGAACAGUCAACCCUUUUCUUGCCGUCCUCUGAAGCUUCCCCUUCCAAUGUGCUUUUAGUAUUCAGAACCUGCAUUUAUCUCACAAAUAGGCCUGGAGCCCUCUAGGUACAAAGGCAGCUGUAGGGGUGGGAUGUUCUAGGAGGAGAGUUGCUGCAAAGGGAAGGGUUAAGCGUCUCAUUUCCUCCUGGCCUUUUUCUAAUGCAGAUCUCCACCUCUGGAAGGUGCUUUGCAAUGGAGAAGGAGAUAUUGGGUUUGUUUCAUAUGUUUGUGACGUAAUGGGUAGUUUGCCCCUGCUAAUUAAGGCAACCAAGGAUAGCAUUCAGUUUUAAAGCUUUUAAAAUAACUUAAAACUUUUUCUGUACUUCGUACAUUCAAGUUAUACUCAGAAUAGACCCAUGCAAAGCAGUGAACCUAAAUAAGUGAAAUAUUGCUAUUAAUGGGUUUGCUUUGAGUAUGACUUAGUUGAAUAUCACCCAGAGUCUUGGGUUUUAAAGAACCAACAAAACUACCUCAGACCACAAAUUUUGAACUGGGCUUUAAUCUUAUGGUACUUUUAAAUGUGAGGAUUUUCCUUUUGAAAAACAUGAUAGGAAAUGUCCCCAUGCUCUGCUAGCACGUAGCAGCCAACUUCAGUAAAGCAAAUAUUGCAUUAUACCAGAGGGUACCAGUUUACUAACAUAAAGUUAAGUAUACCAGAUUAGGCAAUUGAUACUAUGUUAAUACUAAAUUUCAGUAGCCAGCUUUCAUCACUGGUUCUCCACUAUGGAGAAGAAAAACUAACUGUAGUGGUUGGCACUUCAACACAAAGGGAUUUUUCUGCCUUGAGCCAUUCAUGUACCAAAUUUUUGGCUGCUCUACUUAGGGCAUAACCAAUCUUCAAGCCAUACAGUGCCAAAAUCCCACUUGACCUGAUAACUCCACUUAUCUGUGUGAUAGAAAAGAUGAGGUGUGAUAUCGGUGUGAGGAAUCCUGCACAGCAUCUAUACUUUCUUUUCCCCCCCUAGAUAGUUCCUAUACUUCUGUUUGUGUGCUUAAACAGAAGAUGGGGAUACUUUUCUUGCAGCUUCCUCACUUGAAAUAUUUCUCAACAGAGCAAGUGAAACUUACUUUGAGAGAGUGUGGAGGAUUGUAGCUUAAUCAGAAACAAUUCUUAGUCAGUGUUGAAUCACCAGUCUUGGAAUUUUUCAGGCAACAACAAUUGAUACAUUGCCAGUUUCCACAGAUCAAGCUUCAUCAUCUCAUACCUCUUUGUACUUCAGUUGAGGUUCGUCAACUUCAUCAGUGUCUUAUGAAGGAUAGCCCAAAGCAACACCUGCCUGGAUUGUCUGUUAUUUCAUCAGGUAUACACUAUGCUCCCUGGGAAAUAUGCUUCAGGAGUACCAUUUUCCACCAUUAAUCUCUGCCUCUGGUGUUUGCUGGGUAUAUCAGAGGAGAAGAAGAAGAAGAAAUAUAUGGGAAGCAGGAUAACAUGAAAGCAAAGGGGAGAUGCCAUCUGAAACAAUGCUGCAAACUUGGGGUGAAGCAGUAGCAUCUAGAUUCACUGAUGGUAUUUUUCUUGCAGCACCAAAAUUGCAUGAUUUUUGUUGUUGCUUUUCAAAGUGGUCUAUAAUUCUGAUCCAUAUCAGACACAGUUGACAUGCAUCAUGUGCUAUGAAAUUACACAGUUCUUGGAGGCUGCUUCUUCCUAAGUGCCUUAACAAUUAAGCAGUCUUAUUCUGUUGGAUAUACCGGGAUGUUUCUUCACCUUAUACUUUGAUUCGUGUUAUCACAUGGCUGUUGAAACUGUUUAAAAGUAUGAUAAAUGUUGUUUAGUAACUUUAUAAAUGAUAGUGAGACUGUUUUAUAAUGGUUAGAUAUCCAACUUUUUCCUAGGAAUGUGAGCAUAGGUGGGAGGUUUGUCUAAGACUGUAUAAAGUUCUGUGUUCAAUUAAUGUAGCGAGUACAAAAGCCAAUAAAAUAUUUGUUGAUUUGUCCUUCAA